AUGCAAGAUAUAAGGAAUUGGAGUUGGCCUCUGCCAAACCCUGCACGGAAGAUUCACCAGAAAUUCGCUCCAUGCGCAUUAUUGAAGGCCGACUGGAUCAGGCAAGCAGCAGCAGCAGCAGCAAGGACAGCAGCAAGGGCAGCAGCAGCAAUAGCAGCAGGCGCAUUAAUAGAGCUAAACGAGGCCAAUGCCGUAAGAGCGACUUACGAGCAAAUAGCAAAUCGUUUAAAGAAAGAAAGGAUUGGCCUUCAUAAACACUUAGAAGCUAUCGAGGCUAACCUCAAGGCGGAACUUCAUCGUUUAACUAAAACACUCGAUGAAGAUCGGCAAAAGAGAGGGGCGGAAGUUAGAGAAAAGCAAACUGUCAUACGCCAGUGGAUGAGGGAAGCUGCUGCUCUUCAAGAGGCUGAAGCACGAGCAGCCGAAGCAGCAGCAGCAGAAGCAGCAGCAGCAGAAGCGAAUGCAAAUGCAGGAGGGGAUAAUCUAGGAGAAGAAGAAGAAGCAAUGGAGAUGAGUGUCUUGCUGCUUAAAGAAGUCUCUGGUGUAUCAGAUCCUAAUGAAGUUAUACAAGCUUUUCUCAAUCAAAAUAAAACACACGAACAACUAUUGGCGGCCGCAAAAAAGCAUCAAACCCAACUACAGGAGCUGCAAGAGAAGAAGCGCAUUUAUACCCAGAUGCUGGAGGAGAGGCGGUUUGCGUCUGUCUGCUCUGAGGUGGCAAGAGGAGGCCUCCCCUCAGAAGAAGCAGAAGCUCAAGCUGCUGCAACAAUGCACCAGCUGCAGCAGCAACAGCAGAAGCACCAGCAAAUGCAGCAGUUGCUGUCGGAGCUGCAGGCAGGUGUUGGCUUCCUCACAAGGAAGCUGGCUGCUGCAAAAGAAGAACUUCCUUUUUUACCUUCGCUGCCAGCUGAAGCAUCUCUUAGUGAUAUAUUUUCCUACUGCUACGAUGCCACGACGGCCCUUGUAGAAGCAGCAGCAAACAUUCCUAAAGAAACACCAGCAAAAGCAGCAGAAGCAGCAGAACCAGCAGCAGAAGCAGCAGACCCAGCAACACCAGGAGAGGCACAUUCCGUGCAAGGUGACAAGGAAGACCAGCAGCAGGAGCAGCACGACGAAGAGUCUGCAGAAGCUGGAAAGGAAGGAGCAGCGGCUGCCAGUGAUGCUGUUGCAGCAGGUGCAGCAGAGGAAUCAGCAGGCAGCUCAGCAGCAGCAGUAGACGAUCAAGAAGCAGCAGUAGCCGCAGCAGCAACCGACGAGGUCGAAGUAACCGCACCCAGCGUUGAAACUGCAGAACCACUACAAGAAACGGCAGCAGAGGAAUCAGCAGCAGCAGGAGCACAACCAGCAGAAGCAGCAGCAGAAGAAAAAGCAGCAGAAGAAAAAGCAGCAGAAGAAAAAGCAGCAGAAGAAAAUGCAACAGAAGAAAAGGCAAAAGAUGGAGCCGACGCAGCUGCAGCAGCAGCAGCAGAACAAAAAAAAGAAGCAGAAGGCGCCGACGCAGCAGAAACAGCAGCAGCAGAAGAAAAAGCAGCAGAAGCCGCAGACACUGCAGAUGCAGCAGCAGCGGAUAAAACGGCAGCAGAGUAG